AUGGGACCGGGGAGGCUGGUGUCCACGCUGGUCCUGGCGCUUGUGCUGGCCAUGGGGUCCUGGCCACAGGAACAGCUGCCCAGGGAGGCCCACAGCCUCAACUGGAACAAGUUUUCAGGGUUCUGGUACAUUCUGGCUGUUGCCUCCGAUGGCAAGGGGUUCUUGCCUGGCAGACACAGGAGGAAGCUGGGGGCAUCCACGGUGAAGGUUCACAAAGUGGGCCAGCUGAAGGUGGUCCUGGUCUUUAGCCGGUCACAGGGGUGCCGGUCACACGCGUUAAUUCUUCGGAAAGAUGGGAAGAAGGCGGUGUUCAGGAACACACGUACGUAUGAUAGCCCGGGGCCGGAGGAGGGAGGCUGGGGUGUGAAGGGGGUGGAGGGUUUCCACGUGCUGUCCACGGACUACAGCUUCGGCGCGGUCUACCUGCGCCUGGGCCGCGCCGGCAGACGGAACAAGUCCAGCUUCCCGAGCAUGAAAAGAUUCACAGACUCAUGUGAGACUUUGGAGCUCGCCGAUGGGGUGACGGUUCUUCCGAAAGACGGUGACACGUGGUCAAGAGCCCUCCCCCCAUCCCCCACACUGUCCAGCCUCCUGUGCGCACACCAUCCUGCCCUGAGGGCCACCACCUUUACUUUGGGGCUCCGCUCGUGGUCCUCCGAGACCCCAGGAGCGUUCUUCGCGAUUCCAGGAGGUCUCAUCCCGCGGCUUGCUGAGAGGUGUCCG